UUUUUCAAUUUUUAUAAUCUCUUUCAGCUUAGACAGAGAUUGAGUUAUACAUCUUGAGAUCUCUAUGUAAUCAUGAACCCUCGUUUGAGUAACGUGACUCGCACAAAGCUAUCUCCUAUAUAUAUAACGAGAGAGAGAGACCCACUCAAAACUCCAAACCAGAAUUCUUCUUCUUAUUCUCUCUUAUAGAACUCCAACUUAGAGGAGACAAUGAAGUUUUCUUGCUCAAAACCAGCGUUGUUCACUUGUGCAAUCCUUCUCUUGCUCAUUGUUGCUCAAGAAAACAGAGUUGUUGCAGGACAGUCAUGUGAUCCUAUGCAGCUUAUCCCAUGCGAGGAGGCCAUACUGAAAGGCUCUAAGCCGUCGGAUACAUGUUGCACCAGGCUGAACCAGCAACAACACUGUGUCUGCCAGUACAUGAAGAACCCCAAUUUCAAAUCUUUCCUCGACUCACCAAAUGCUAAAAAAAUCGCCACUGAUUGUCAUUGUCCUAAACCCAAGUGCUAGUCUAUCUUCAUCUUCAGUCUUGUGUUUUCCAUGCUUUAUUGGAUUUGCUGUCGUUUUGUGUCAAGUUUGAUACCCAUCAUGUUUUAAUGGUUUUCUUCAUGGUUCCUACUUUGAUUAAUGAUUUUUCUGCAAGUGUUUGUCUUCAAAAGAUCUCGCUUUCUGUGACAUAAAUCUCAGAUUUACUAAUAAAUAUUUGGCUGAUAAUUCUAUUAAGAUAAGAUCUAUCAUCUAUGUAACAUCCAGUUUCAAUGACUUUUUUUUUUUUGUCAACUGAUUUAUUAGAAUAUUACAUAUUGCUGAGACAUUAUCCUUGCUCUUUUUGCUAACUGAUCAACAUGUUGAACAAAGUUUCUAGGAUCAUGCUUAAAAGUAAAAUUAUUCAGCCUAGCUAAAACAAGGACAUCUUGAACUAUAGUAGAUAUUUCCUUCCAAUUACUUCUUUUGUUCUCUCCUUGCGAUAAGAUGUCCAGGUUGUUAAAUAGCUGCGUGCAGUCACCUAGAAACAUCACAUUCUUAUAAUAUAGAGCAUGUAACUGUUGAACAGCAAGCAAAAUAGCCAUUGCUUCGGCUUGUAAAGCCGCUUCUGUCGGUUCAAUUGCUGAACUGCCUUGGAUGAGUAGAGUGUCUUCUUUGCUAUGCAAGGACCACCCUAUUCCUGCUAGUUCAUUAGAAGUUUUCCAAGAUGCAUCAUUGAUACAAUAAAUAGGGCCGGUGCUGAGAAUCCGGGGGCUUGAAAUAUAUCAGAAAAUGAGGGCCGAUAUUUCAUAACAUAAGUUUACCUUUUAUCAAUUUUUUUAUUUUUUCUUAUUGGUUCUGCUGGUUCAUGUAUAUUUUGGCCCACUUAUUCUAUUAAACUGAAGUAGAAAACGUCCCUUACGGAUAUGUGUUUUUUCCUUUUUUAUAUGUACAUAUAUUUUAAAAAAUUCUUUCUACAGGGCCUAUAAAAAAUGGGGACCAAGGCAAAUGUUUCAGUGGGCUCGGUCCAAAUCCGAUCCAGACAAUAAAUCAUUGUAUCUUCUCCAAUGAUGUCGCUGAUGGAAUUAGGAGGAGUUGGCUGAGAGGGUAACUGCGGCUGUUCCUUGAGUUGGAUAGCUUCAUCCCAUAGUUUCUUAUCCAUGAUAGCUGCUUUAAUAGUAUGGGUGAUAUGCUCUCUCUUAUUUUGGAACAGCCGUUUGUUUCUCAUUUUCCAUAUGCGCCAUCCAAGAAACAAUGCUAGGUUGUUCUUUGAUUCAACGCUUUUUGAUCAAAGGGUAUUAAAAAUGGUAUUUGCAUCACAUAUAAAUUAAAAAUUUACAUCUAUGUGGUCAUUUUAAAUGAUAAUUGCAACACAUAUAAAUAUUUUAAAAUAUUAAAAAUCUUUUUUCACAUAGUUUUUAAUUAUAAUUUAAUUUCAGAUAUUAAAAAUAUAUUGAAUUAUUUUUAGUUUGCAAAAUAGAUCAGAGGUAGUAUAUACUAGUGGUUUGUCCGCGCUUCGCGCGGAAAUUUAGUUUCAAAUUAUAUUUUAUUUAUCAUUUAUUUUCAUGAUUUGAUUAUGUUGUAUAAAAUACUAUUUAUUUUGAUCCUUUUUUAUUUUACUUUUAUCGUUUUUUGGUUGAUUUUUUUAAAUAAUAUUCAGCUUCAUUUUAGUUGAGGGUAACUAAUUUUCAUAAUUAACAAAUUUCAGUGAAGAUAUUCUCAUUUAAUGGUAUAUAUUUUUAUCGAUUUGUUUUAAUUUAGACCACAAUUGAGAUAAUUUUAUUUAUAUUCUUUUUAUACUUUUCCGAUCAUUUAUAUUGUAUCUCUUGUUUGCACUAUAUAUAUAUUAAUAUCCAUAUUAGUAUUUGAUUUAUGCUUGAAGAGUUUUUAGAACUGGAAAAAUAUGGGUUUUUAUUUUACAAAUUUAUUUAAAUACAAUUGCUUUAAAUCUUUUGUGUAUAUUGCAUCUCACUUGUCCUUUCUGUCUGCAGUAGGGCUAUGUAUAAUAUCCAUAUCCAAAAUAUUUAUCCGAACGGACCCGAAAAAUAGGGUAUCAGACCCGGUUGGAUUAUGCCUGAACAUCUGAAUGGGACCAUUUUACAAAAAUCCGAAAAAUCAAAACCAAACCCGACCCGUACCGAAAACUGAAUAAGUAUCCAAACAUAUCCACACAUAAAUAUAUAUAUAAUAUUAUUUUAAAUCAUAUUUAUAAUAGUAUUAAUAAUUAAAAUUAAAAUUGUAAAUCAAUUAUAUUAGUUAUUUUAGGUAUUCAUAGAUAAAAAUAGAUGUUUAGAUAAAAAAAAUACUCAAAUAACAUUAUGUAUAUGGUUACUUUUAGACAAAAUAUCACCAAUUCGAACUAUAUAAAUUGAGUAUUUUUAGGUUUUUGAGUUAUUUUAUAUUAGUUUGAGUAAUUUGGAUAUAAAAUACCCGAGUCGAAUCGAAUAGUUUGGUUAUUUCGGAUAAAAUUCGAACCCACACGGAUCCGGGAGGAUCCGACUUGAACGUGAUUAUCUAUACUAUAUUAAAAGGUUAUACGAGGAGUAGAGAGGAUGUCCACGUUUGUAAAGAAAAUCAUCCAAUCAUUAUGUGACAUCUGUCCACCUUACCGCGUUUCAUUUAUGCUGUUUCCGUUUCUUUGUUAUUGUUUUGGUUUAUAAAGCCCAAUCUUUGAAAGGCAGAGUAAGACGUAUGCCUGAAACGCAGAGUUUUUAAUUCUAUGGUUUCAUCCCAUUCUCUUCUCCGCCGUUGCAAUAUCGUACCCUAGGGUUUUGAUCGAGAUGCUUCAUCUUCUUCCUACGGAUCCAGCAAUCUACCUGUUACAGAUUCUUACUCUUAAAGCCCUUUUUAAAUCCAUCCUCCACGAUGAAGCUCAACGAUUUCUCACUCAAUACUCUCAUCUCUCUUACAAGCGGUGAAGCUCCUCCUACAAAAAAGGUAUGUGUUCUUCCCAGAAACAUCAUUCUCACAAUCCUACUACAUUCCCAUAAACUGUUUUCUAAGAAAUCAAAGUCGAUAAUGGCUAAUUCCUCUGUCUUUCUCGCCGAUUUGAAAGCUAGAAGCUGCACCUCCACCGCCCAAGUCAGUUUGCUUAGGUUCUGGGAAGAUAGGAAUGUUAAGCGCGACGGAGAGGGUCAACAUUCUCCUCAUGGACGCCAAGGCCACUCUCACCUAAGCCACCGUGAACGUCUACCGCUUAAACACAUUCAGGCAUCUUUUCACUGUUGGUUAAGUGUACUCUGUUAGCGGCUUUGAGCUGUCCGGACUUCAAGCUGUCCGACUCUCCUGUGUCGAUCCGGCUCAAUAUUGAGACAGGUUUGAAAGACUUAACCGACCCAGGUUCAAAUUCCUCAAGAACGUUUCAGGUUCUGCAAAGAUGAGUUGCUUGGUCUAGCAAACACCAACACCCAUCUUCCAGGUAAUCCUAUUUUUUUUUUUUUGCAAAUAAGUCAUUGAUAAAUCGAUCCACACCGGAAUCUUGGAUGAGAAUCAAGGUAUUUUGUAAUUUAUAUGUAAAGGCUUAUAUAGUUUAUUUCCUAAUAACACCAGAAACUUCUUUUCUCAUAUAUCCUUCUAGAUAUGAGUUGAUUGAUAAAUUUGUGCAGGAGCAUGGGCUAACUGAAUCGUUCCUCCGUGCCUGUCCUAUUGGAAUGCCUGAUGGAUCAGGCACCAAAUUUUUUAGGUGAAUCCUUAGGCGUUAACGACAAUAACUAGUCGGUUUACUGGAGGAGAAGAAGGAGAUAGUGAGAACAAGAAUGAUAUGACAAAGGAGGUGAAGAGCAAGAACAAGCAAGACAAGCGAAGAAGUAGAAAACUAACGAAUGAGACAUAUUGCGGUCGCUAGGAAUAGGAAGCAAAUGAACGAGCAUCUUCGUAACCUCCAGUCUCUUUUGUCUGGAUCCUACGUUCAAUGGAGAGAUCAAGUGUCGAUCAUAGGUGGAAUAGAGUUUGUGAGAGAGCUUGAGCAACUUCUACAAUGCCUAGAGUCACAUGAGUCGUAUAGGAGGAGGAGGAGGAGGGCUCCGGGAAGAAACAGCUGAGAAUGAGUCGUGCUUGGCUGAUGUGGAGGUGAAGCUGCUAGAGUUUGAUGUCAUGAUCAAGAAACUUUCAAGAAGAAGACCAGGACAACUGAUUAAGACUAUUGCUUUUUUGGAGGAUCUUCAUCUCUAUAUUCUUCACACUUACAUGACUACCGUGGAACAAACAGUCCUCUACUCCUUCAAUGUCAAGGCAAGUUUCACCUUUGUACAUUAUACUCUUAGGCGUUCAUAUAUAUAGUACAUCCUCAUAUAAAGUUUUUUACCCAUAUACUUGGAUUGAUUUAAAUAAAAUAUGCAUAUAUUAGUAACCUACAAGGAAAAGUGGACGUUGAAGGUUUCCUCUCAGCACAAGCUGCCAUAGAUGCAAUUAAGGGCUCCAUGGAUCUUUACGCAGCUAACAUCAAAGCUGGCUUGCAGCGUUAAUGAACAUACCGGUCGAUCUGUUCCUCCAGGUUUGCGUUGAUGCCUUCUCCGGCUCGCUGGAGAACAAACUCACAUGUCUUUUUCUGCAGAGCUAAUGUGUCUGAAAAUGAGAGGCGAACAGGUCUUUAUGAUUAUCAGAGCCAUGAUCAAUAUUCUAAGGCAAGAAACAUGGAAGGAUAAUAUAGAAGCGGGAAUAUCCGAAGGAUUCUUUUACAUGCGUUUGGAGAAAAUCUUUAGCUUAGUGGAUGUCUGACUGAUCAAACUUCAGAGUACGCACCAAGGGGCAAGCCUAUGGAACAUCCCAGAUUCAAUACAUAUCAUACUUGGUGAGACAAUAAGUUUAGAAGAUCACAAACAAGUAACUGUUUUUAGGUGUGAGAGAGCUUCUUGAGUAUGAAUGUUAUAAUAACAAAAAGGGUUGUAUUGCAGCGAUACUAAUGUGGUUGCUCCAUUCAUAUGUUGAAAUGAAUUUUCAGAUUGUUUUUAACUCAGUACGAUAGCUUUGUUUUCAUUUGAAAAAAAUAAAUAUAUUUUUGGUUUAAUUCA